GUUACUGUUAUUGUUGUUGUUCUUGUUCGCAUUGUUGUUGGGGCCGCGAUUCGCUUCGUUUCGGUCGUGCUUUAAUGGAGCUUGCCUCCUUCGCUCCCCCCUAUUGUCGGCGUCUGCUUCACUGCUCGCCGUUUGCUGCUCGAAGUAAUCUUGAAAAUCGUGAGUUGAGUUUUGCGCGACGCUCGCUGGUUUCUUUUUCUCUCACCAUGCGCGAUCGUUGUUGUUGUUGUUGUGUUGUGUGUGUUUGGGGCCUUGCUUUUGGUUCGCCCUGCGCAUUUUCUUUGUUUUUCGUUUUGGGUUUGGUGCUGUGCGCGCCUGAAGAAAAAUCAAGUUAACAGCCAACGCACGCAACGGUACAGGGUGUGGGCAGGGACAGGGGCAGCAGCAAAGAGGAGCAGUUUGCCGGGUCGCGAACGCUAGUUUUUGUUGUUUUCAAUAUGCGCGUACAUUAAAAAUAAAAAGCCUGCAGCCCGCUUCAACGUUGGCGUCGACGUCGAUGCCGUCUUGCCUGUUGCGCCCGCUGUUUUGUUGCUGCUGCUGCUGUGCUGCUCUGCUUGUUGUUGUUGCCUCGCUUCGCUGAUUCGGACUGAGCAGCGACUGAGGCAGCGGGCCGACAGAAACUCGACUUUUGGCGUUUGUCGAGGUUGCUGAGCCCGGGCAAGCGAGCUGCGAAUCCAGUUUCUUCUUCACUCGGCCUCGGCUAACAACGCGAAACAGCCACGGCAAAAAAUCAGCGCCAGUCACAAAUUACUUUUCCCUCUUUUUAAUUUCUUCUUUUUUUUUGUUGCAAAUUGUUCCUCGAUUGUUAAUGUAUUGCGGCAAGGGUAUGGAGCUUGCGUCCGCUGGCUGCGCUGACUGCUGCAGCGACUGCGUCAGCGCGGCGCCCACUUGCUGCACUGCUACGGGCUGCUGCGAUUCUGCCUGCUGCGACGUCAAUUGCCAGCUGCUGCCGCCAGAUCCCAAUAACUAUGAAUACCACGAGCCGGAAGAGAACUUUGUGUCCAUUGACGAUGCCAAGAUAAAGAGCCUGCUGCUCCAGAUUGGACAGCAGCAGCAGCAGGAGCUGCGACGCCAGCAGCAGCAGCAGCUGCGACGCCAGCAGCAACAGCAACAACAGAUUAUCGAGCUUUUGGACGAUGAUGAGGCUAGCGUGGAGCAGCCGCCGCCUUUGCUAAUUAGUGCAGCGCAAAGCUUAAAUCCAGGGAAACGCCUUUGGACAGAUAAACAACAAAUUACCAAGAAACUGAAGCAGAGACAACAUCGAAUUGUGGCCAGGAUUGAGCUAAGCGACAGUGAAUCCGAGAAUGAACCGACAGAGCCAGCGCCGAGCAGAAACAGCGAAGAGAAUUUGCCUUUGGCUACUGUCAGCUGCGAGCUAGUGGAACCACCGCAGAUCAUUGAGCUGCCGUCGGACGAGGAGGAGCAGCUCCAGCCGCAGAAACAGUCAACUAAAGCUGCGCCCCGCAAGCGACCACCGAGACCCUAUAUAAAGAGACGCGGUCGGCACUUUUACCAGUGCCAGGCAUGCGGCAAAAAGGUGCAGUCCAAUUACAAUCUGCGUCGCCACAUGAUGAUCCACACAGGUGAGCGACCCUUUCCCUGUGAUUUGUGCGAACGUCGCUUUCGCGAGUUCAGCGACCUCAAGAAGCAUCGCCGACGACACAUGAACGAUCCGCGCUAUAUAUGCAUGAUCUGUCGCUUGCAUCCGCCCAUGGAGCAGGACUCUACGCGCUGUGUGGAUUGCGAGGGCAAGAAUCUGCUCUUGGGUCCGCAGGACUGUGAUGAUGUGGAGACUGAAAAGGGGCCGGACGAAGAGCCGGAUCAAGAGAUCGAUCAGGAAUCGGACCAGGACCAGGAAUUUGUCGUGGAGGAGCAGAACGUAAAUGAAUUUACGUCCUUACCCGUGGCAACCGUAAUGGCUUCACGGCCGCCCACGCUGCUGGUAACGCUGGUGCCCGCACCCACGCCAGCCCCACCCCUACCAGUUAGUGCACCUGUAGCCACGCCCACACCCGCCCCGCCGUCACGUCCACCACUGCCGCGCAGCUGCAGCAGCGCCAACUCCUCAUCCUCGCUUAGCAACGAUGUGGCGCCACGGAGGUUGGCGCGAAAUUCGCGCAAUCGGCGCUCCUAUCCCUGCCCGUUGUGCCAACGUCCGUUUGGCACGCGCCACAAUCUCAAGCGCCACUACAUGAUCCACACCGGCGAGAAGCCAUUCAGCUGCAGCAAGUGCCGCAAGCCGUUCCGCGAGUGCUCCACCCUCAAGAAGCAUAUGGUGACCCAUGUGCGCGAACGCUGGUACAAGUGCCUCAGGUGUCCCGCCAAGUAUCAGGAUUAUUUGCACUACACGGAGCACAAGGCGACGCAUGGCCAGGACACGCAGCUGGAGACGGACACAAAUAAUCGCCACAGACAGCGUUCAUCUGAGAGCGAGGAUGGCGAUGGCGACAGCUCUGUGGAUGACUGGCUGGAGUGCUGCGAGUGCCAGCUGCGUUUCACCCAACUGGAUGCCUAUACGGAGCAUCUGAAGAAGCACGACCUGGAGCUGUAUGGCCUGAGUGUCGACGAUCUGGACGAUGAGGAUCAGGAUGUAGAUGUGGCCUAAUAUUGAUCAGUUAUAGAUAUACACAUUCCAUUUGUUAAACUUGUUGCAUUCCAAACUUGGCCCUACAUUUUCCUUAAGAGCUGAAAAAAUUGUACUGAAAAGGAACUUCCCUAUGCUGGAAUAACUUAAUUAAGAAUAUAAAUUAUACAUAUUUGUUAUAUAAGAUGUCUACGCAGAAUGCGUAGCUUUAAGGCCCCAUGAAAUAUAUUUUUG